GUGUAACGGGGAGGGGGGGGGAAAGGUAAAGUGAAGUUUUAAAUUCAUUUAUUCCCAAUUCCUAAUUUAAUGGACAGACACCAAGAAUUGCAGCCCCACGACCGCUAUCCCUUUUAUUGUUUCGUCUGCAUAAUGAACGGAUUUGUGUGAAUGACCGACGAGAACGUCGCCGUUUUGUUUUCCUGCGGCUUAUUCUAAAUAAUCUAAACCGUCCCAGCCUGGCAGUUGGGAGAACCGCGGACUGAAGCUGACGCCCUGUUCCAGGCCCAAGGGAGACUCCUCCGUCACCCCGAGGAGCGUGAGAGCGGCAAGACCCGAACGGCUGAAGGGAGGAGCCGAGCGAGGAAAGCUCGGCGUCGGAUUGGAAAAACUUGGAAAAACCGGAGGCGGGAAGGCCGAGAGUGGAGACACAGCCUGGGAAGGAGGCGGGACCGAGGGAGGGAAUGCAGAUGCGGGCCAGCCUUAGUCCCCUCUUCCAGCCAGUCCGUGGGGGGAGAGUGGUCUGGAGAGCUUUUUCAGAGCAGCCCAGCUUCUGUCUCGACUUCCAGCGGAGCACCCGAGGCGGUCCAAGGGUGCCUGGAGCUGGUGGCGGAUUUCUCAAUGACCAACUUCUUCCCCGCCAGUCUCCUUCCUGUGGCUUUGCUCGUCGGCGGCACCGAAGCCCUCCGGUUCUCCCGCAUUUCUUUUAGAGGGCUUGGGAUAGUCCUCGGCGGCUGUCGCCUUUGCCCGGGUGAGGCGCUGUAGGGACCGGUACUGGUCUGGAAGGAGAAGGCGGGCGUGCUCCUCUUGCAGCCUCUCGGAGAAGGAUUACAUAGGCUGAAGUAUUUUGGUCUAACCCUGCCGCCGCCUCAGCAGCAGCCAUGGGACUGCAGCCUUUGGAGUUCAGCGACUGCUACCUGGACAGCCCUAGGUUCCGGGAAAGGAUACGAGCUCAUGAAGCGGAGCUGGAGAAAACCAACAAAUUCAUCAAAGAGCUGCUCAAGGAUGGCAAGACGCUGAUCGCCGCCACCAAGAAUCUUUCAGCGGCCCAAAGAAAGUUUGCUCGUUCACUGAGAGAUUUCAGGUUUGAAUGUAUUGGUGAUGCUGAAACAGAUGAUGAAAGAUGCAUAGAUGCAUCCCUUCAUGAAUUCUCUAACUUUCUGAAAAAUUUAGAAGAACAAAGAGAAAUAAUGGCCCUAAGUGUAACUGAAACUCUUAUCAAGCCUCUGGAAAAAUUCAGAAAAGAACAACUUGGAGCAGUAAAGGAAGAAAAAAAGAGGUUUGAUAAAGAAACAGAAAAAAACUACAGUUCACUGGAGAAACAUUUAAACAUGUCAGCUAAGAAGAAAGAAGUACAAAUAUUGGAGGCAGACAACCAAAUAGAGCAAAACAGAAAGCAUUUCUAUGAGCUGUUACUUGUAUAUGUGUGUAAACUGCAAGAGAUACAAGAAAGAAAGAAAUUUGAGUUUGUAGAACCUGUCCUGUCAUUUUUUCAGGGCAUGUUCACAUUCUACCAUCAAGGUUAUGAACUUGCUAAAGAUUUUAACCAUUACAAAAUGGAUCUGCAGAUCAAUAUCCAAAAUACAAGAAAUCGUUUUGAGGGAACAAGAUCAGAAGUGGAAGACCUCAUGAACAAAAUCAAGCAAAAUCCCAAAAAACACAAAAGAGCAAAUCAAUUUGCAAUGGAAGGUUAUCUUUACGUGCAGGAAAAAAGACCUGCACCAUUUGGUUCCAGUUGGAUAAAACAUUAUUGCAUGUAUAAGAAGGAAUCAAAGAAGUUUACUAUGUUACCUUUUGAACACAGAUCUGGAGGAAAAAGUGGUGAAUUAGAAGCCUAUCUACUUCAGAACUGUACUAAAAGGAAUACUGAUUCUAUAGAUAGGCGAUUUUGUUUUGAUAUGGAAGUAAUAGAGAGACCUGGUAUGCCUUUCACCCUGCAAGCAUUCUCAGAAGAGGACAGGAACAUGUGGUUUGAAGCCUUAGAUGGGAAGGAAACUGUGUUUCUCAAUUUGAACAAGGCUAAUACGCAAAAAGAGGGAAGUGCGCAGCUAGAUAAGAUUGGAUUCACAAUUCUCAGAAAAUGCAUUAGUGCUAUUGAAAGAAGAGGUAUAAAUGAUCAAGGACUGUAUAGAGUUGUAGGGGUGAGUUCAAAAGUCCAGAGACUUCUGAAUUUGUUGAUGGAUGCAAAAACAUGUGAUGAAGUUGAUUUGGAAAGUAAUACAGAAUGGGAAGUGAAGACAAUAACAAGCACAGUGAAACUAUACUUAAGAAGCCUGCCAGAGCCAUUAAUGACAUAUGACUUACACGGAGAGUUCAUCACUCCUGCUAAAAGUGGUAGCCCUGAGUCCCGUAUUAAAGUUAUCCACUCCUUGGUUCAUAAACUUCCAGAAAAGAACAAAGAAAUGCUUGAUAUUGUUGUGAAGCACUUAGCAAAUGUUUCCGAUCAUGCUAAGAAAAAUCUUAUGACUAUGGCAAAUUUAGGAGUUGUAUUUGGACCAACAUUAAUGAGGCCACAGGAAGAAACAGUGGCUGGUCUUAUGGAUCUGAAAUUUCAGAACAUUGUGGUGGAGAUCCUAAUUGAAAACCAUGAAAAGAUACAGAAAUUGAAAGAAGAUAUUAAAGAUGGCUUAAGGAAUUUUUUACAGGAGCUUAUGGAGGUUCAUCUUUCAGAAAUAGAUCCAAAAUUUGAUGAAAUGGAGAAAGAAAUAUUGGAUUUUAAAGAUAUGGUGGAAGAACAGAGGAAGGAGAUGAAAAAAUUAAAGGAAUCAAUUAAUCCAUUAUUGCUAUCUAGUAUUCAAACAGAGGAAAGACUGGAAGAAAUUAACCAAAUUAAUUUAGAUUUGCAAAGGAAAAUAGAUGAAGUUCAAAUUAAUUUGAAUUUAGAAAAUAAAAUAGAUGAUAUUCAGGUUAAGGUAGAUAGGGCAGAUGAAGAAAGGGUUAUAUUACAAUAUAAAUUAAUGGAAUAUGCUAUAAGGGUGAGAGGAUUAAAAGAAUGUAAGGAAGAAAAUUUGAAAGAGAUUUUUAUUCAGGCCUUUGCUCAGAUAGAUGGAGUGGAGCCAGAAGAUUUUGAAGUUAAUAUUGAAAAAAUUUAUCGUGUUAAUUCUUGGUUGGCAAGGCAGGAGUGUUUACCGAGAGAUGUGGUUAUUUAUUUUAUAAAUAAGAAGAUUAGGUAUGGAAUUUUACAAGCAUUUUAUAAAAAUAAAUUUCAAAUACUAGGACAAGAUAUAAUAAUGAUGAAGGAAAUUCCUCCUAAAAUGUUAAGAAAGAGAAAAGAAUUUGCCUUUUUAGUGGAUGAGCUUAAGAAACAUCAGAUAUAUUUUAGAUGGGAGAUUCCAGCUGGCUUAACAGUGAAUUAUAGAGGAAGAAAGUAUUUUCUUAAUACAGUUUUUAAAGCACGAGAUUUCUACACUAAUGUAUUAAAGAUUGGGAACCCUUUAUCGAUAGAUGUUAAGUUGAAUGGUGAAUAGAUGGUGGAAAAUGUGUAAGACAGAAAAUAAGGAGAGUGAGAAUGUUUAAUUUUAUUAUAUAUGAUUAUGGUUAAUUUUUGUAAAUGAUUUAUUUUGGAUAUAAAUGUGUAAUUUUAGGGGUACUAUUUGAUAUAUUUGAGGUAUAAAGGAAUAGGAAGAUGGAAUAUUGUUUAAUUUUGGAGGAUAGAUAGUAAAAUUUAAUUUGGAUUAAAUAUUAUAUUUGAGAGAUGGAUGUAAUGUUGUAAUAAGAACUAGAAUUUAAUUGUUAUAACUGAUAUAUUUUGGAUAAGUUAUAGGUGUAAUUUUAAUAAUGUUAUUUGAUAUAAGUAAGGUAAAGUGAAGAUUUUAAUUAUUACAAUUGAUACAUUGUGGAGAUAAUAUAGGAUUAAUAAUAAUAUUUGUAAUCUGAUUUGAUGUAUGUAAAUGAUACCGAAGAUAUGAAAAGAUGGAUUAUUGUUUAUCCUUGGAGGCUGGACAGUAAAAUUUAAGAAAUUAAGUUGGAAAUAUGAACUAUUCUUGAGAGACUGCUUAAGGAAGAAAGACAUUUCAGAAGAAUCCUUGGUGAAUAUUGGAAGAUGGAACGUUGUUUUGGUACUGAUUGAUGAAGGUUGGAUAUUAAAAACUAUGUACUUUAAUGAAGAACAAAUACGAACUCAAUUGGAAGUUUCUGAGAUCGGGGAGUCGAGGUUUUAAGAAGUGACUAUGGAUUAUGAUUUGUGUUAUAUUUUAAUUUUUGAUUGUUAGUUUUAUACCCUGUAUUCGGUUCUGGGAAGUCCUGGGGGGUGGGGGGAGGGAGGGGAAGGGAGGGGGAUGGGGGAUGAGGUAGAAAAUUGAUGGUUAAUGUACAGAGAUGAUUGAAGAUGUAUAAUCAAUGUAAGAUCGGAGCUGCCUGGCUAUCAUUUCAGAAUGAUGGGAAGGAAGGAAGUAGAAGAGAGAAGGAGGUAGGAAAGAGAAGAGGAGGAAGAGGAAAGGAAGGAAGAGGGAUAGAAGAGGGAGAAGAAAAGAGUAGGGAGGAAGGAGGAGAGGAGGUAGAUAAGAGAAGGGGAGGAUGGUCGUGGAAAGUAGAAGGUAGAGAAGGAAAGAGAGUAGGAAGGGGGCGGUGACCAGGCAGGUCCGAUUAAUUGUAUAUGAUGGUUCAUUAAAUAUGUUAUUGGAUAUGAAUGUUAAAAUAAAACUUUUUAUUAAAAAAAAUCUAGUUUAAAGUUUCUAGCAAAACAAACUACAUUGGGAAAAAUAUAUCUGUUUAAAAGUAUUAUAUUAGGGUAGAAUUUUAGAACUAUAAAGGACACUUUUCCAAGUGCCAUGUGAAAAAGCCCUCUUCUUGGUUUUAAAUUUCACUUGAUAAAAUUGCGCACUAGGGGGCUUCUGGGUGGCGCCACCUUUCUCGUUGGGUGCUAAUUUAUGGCACUCCGCAUUGAAUAUGGUAAAAGCCGGAUUUAACAACUGAUCCCGGCUUCAUUUCUCUCUCUGGUUGAAAGAGAGAGACAGAGCAAGGGGGAGGAUUUGGGUAGAUUCUCCUAGGGGCUUUGUUUUUGUAAUACAAAGCCUGAACGGUCGAAUCCCCUUAUUUACCCCUCCCCCACCUCCAGUAUUCUCUGCGCUCCUGAAAAAGCAGGAAAAGAGGAAGGUGUCCACUUCUGCUAACAAUUGAUUUCUUUUUGUGGAUACGAAAAGCAGGCGGAACGAGUGUGAGGAACAAUUAUUGGUUUGCAAGUAUUUUUGAU